AUGGCCCCAAAAUAUACCAUGUCCGACUCAGAGGAAGAGGAUGUUGCGCCUACAGCUCCUUCUGACCAGACUCUUGCGAAGGGUCUCCGUGACGGUGUUACUGGAGUAUACAAGUCUGGCAACAUGGAGGAAUUGACCGUGAAGCGCGUGCGCCUUGCAGUUGAGAAGCAGCUAGGGCUUACAGAGGGAUACUUUAAAUCUACGAGUGACUGGAAAGCGCGGAGUGAAGAGAUCAUCCGAGACGAAGUGGAAAGACAAGACAACGCCGCGAAUAACGCUGGAUCACAACCUGCCGAAGCCUCACCAUCUCCUUCCCCAAAGCCCAAACAGACCCCACUUCAUAAGCGAGCGAAGGCCGAGAGUGCGCCCAAGCCCAGGAAGCGCCAGAAGACGAAGACACCAGAGCCAGAGGAAGACGACCAGGACGACGCAUCUGUCGCAUCCGACGAUAGCGAAGAAGUCGCAAAGCCCAAGAAGCGAAUCAAAGCACCAGCCAAGAAAGCUGUACCAAAACCCAAAAUGGUCGCGUCUGACGUUUCAGAUAUGUCUGAGAAUGAAUCCGAUGCUCCUAAGCCGCCCCCAGCUGCGAAAGAUGACUCCGAAAGCGAGAUGUCGGUGGUCCUUGACAAUGAGCCUCAACCUCAACCCGCGCGCAAACGAAAGAGUGCAGAUGGAGCUGCCACCAAAGCGAAGAAAGCGCCCAAGGCGGCCAAAGCAAAAGACGCGGAUCUCGAUCCAGACCAGGCCGAAAUCAAGCGGCUACAGGGAUGGCUAAUCAAAUGUGGCAUCCGCAAAUUAUGGGGGAAAGAGCUAGCUCCAUAUGACACUUCGAAGGCGAAGAUCAAGCAUCUUAAGGAGAUGCUGGACGAUGCCGGGAUGAAGGGCCGACCAUCUCAGGAAAAAGCCAACCAGAUUCGCGAAGCGCGGGAAUUGAAAGCGGAUUUGGAGCAGAUUCAGCAGGGUGCGAUGCAAUGGGGUGCGAAGAGCGACGAAGAGGAAGGGGAUGGCGAUGCGAAGCCCCGACGCAGGCUCGCUCGGGGACGGCAGGCGCUUGCGUUCUUGGAGGGCGAUGGCGAGGAGUCCGGCUGA